CCACAGUUACUUGUUAUGUUUGGUGACUAAAACCACAUCUCGAUUUAAACUAUUUACAUGCUUUAUUUGUUUGUUAAAUUCAAUUAAAUUACUUUAUUUAUCAUGACCGUGCCAUUUAUUGAACAAUCAAAAGAACAUUUUUCCAAAAACAAUCGAAUCCGAGAUUACCAAUCGCACACAUGUAAAGUUCAUUCUGUCGACUGGAGCUGUGAUGGACAUCGCUUGGCUUCUGGCAGUGUAGAUAAAUCUAUUUCCAUUUUCAAUUUGGACAAAGAUCGGUUGAACAAGGAGAGCACAUUGAAAGGUCAUUCAGACUCAGUUGAUCAACUUAGCUGGCAUCCAUCACAUCCAGAUUUACUGGCUACUGCCUCACUGGAUAAAACUGUUCGUCUAUGGGACUCACGGGUUGCCAAAAAUUACGCUACAAUCAAUACUAAAGGCGAAAACAUAAACAUAUGUUGGUCACCCGAUGGUUCGUCAAUUGCUGUUGGUAACAAAGAGGACCUUAUCACUUUUAUUGACGCUAAGCAGCAAAAAAUCAAAGUUGAACAGCCAUUCAAAUUCGAAGUCAAUGAAAUUAGUUGGAAUAAUGACAAUGACUUAUUCUUUCUCACUUCUGGUCAAGGAGCUAUUCAUGUUCUCAGUUACCCCGACCUUCAACCACAAGUUGUUCUAAAUGCUCACCCGGCAAAUUGUAUUUGUAUUGAAUUUGAUUCUACGGGCAAAUAUUUUGCUGUUGGGUCCGCAGACACCAUGGUUUCGAUUUGGGAUGCUAAUCAUUUAGUUUGUCUUAGAACAAUUUCAAGACUAGAGUGGCCUGCUCGAGCUAUCAGUUUCAGUCAUGAUGGAAAAUUGCUGGCUUCUGGUUCUGAAGAUCUCUUAAUUGACAUAAGUUACGUUGAAACUGGUGAAAAGAUUAGUGGUGUUCCAGUCGAUUCUCCUACAUUCACAGUUGCUUUCCAUCCUUCGAGGUAUAUCCUCGCCUUCGCCUGUGAUGAUAAAGACACAUUUGGUCGUGAUGCUGGAACCGUCAAGAUUUUUGGGUUGCCUAAUGGCAAUUGAAAAAAUGUUUAGCUUCACAUAUCAAUUUUAAGAUCUUGACAUGGUUUAAAGGAUGCAGUUCAACUAUUGGUAUUUCGAUGAUCUCAAAAAUCGUGCUUUUUAGCAUUUUAAAAAAUGUAUAAAAUUCGUUUUCUUACAAAAUUUAAAUUACUUAUUUUACUAAGAUUGUCAGUAGAUAUAAUGUCUUAUAUGGUCAUGGUAUUUGAAGUACAUUAUACAACAUCUGACUUUUGUAAUGUUGUUUGUAUCUAUUUAUAUAAAAAAUCAUAAAAAAAGUGUACCUAAAAAGAAACAACUUUCAUUCUGAA